AUGUUCAAUGUUCCUGAAUUUGCGAGCAAACCGAUGACUGUCGGUGGUAUUCAAAUUCCUAAAAAUACAAUGGUGAUGCUCGAUGUAAUCUCACUCAAUCACAAUUCAGAUGCUUGGCAACCUGACCCAUUGAGUUUUCGUCCCGAACGUUUCAUUCCACCUGUUUCCCCUCAAUUAAUUAAAGCUUAUCAUGGCUUUGGCAAUGGACACCUACGUCGAUGUCUUGGUCAAUAUUUUGUCAAAAAUUUACAUCGUUUAUUUCUCGCUCAUCUGUUGAGUCGAAAACAGAUUCGAUUCACUAAUGAUAUUCAUCGUAUUGAUGAUAUUGAACGAUGUCGUUUGCCAUUUAUCUAUGUUCCCAGUGGAACUGUGCAACUUGAAGAACUGUAA